AAGUUAGCUGUCAACCCGUCAACUACAGUUGUGCUGCAGUCACCGUAGCAACACCGUAUAAAAGCUGAGUCUUGAAGGGGAUCUAGGGUAGCACAUGGCAGCAGAAGAAGCCCGAGUGGUCACCCGGUCUCCGGCCUGUCUGUGUGUCCUCUGCGGGCUUCCUGCUGCUGGGAAGUCCACGCUGGCCCGCAAAGUCCUCCUCACUGCAGCACUACACGGAUGGAGAGCCACUGUUGUGCCGUAUGAUGACCUGAUCCCCGAACAUGCUUUUCAGACCAGAGUGGAGGAGGAUGGUGUCAAACUGCAACAAGUAGUAAACACACACACUGAAUGGAAAUCACACAGACAAGCAGUGUUGCAGUGCAUUGAGCAGUUCUUGGAGAAACCUCAACUUUUGGCCGAGCUGCCGGUCGGCUCUCAGAUCGACAGUGCUGCAUGGCAACAAUGCAUUCGAGCGCUCCUGCAGCCUGAAGCUUUGGACCACUCCCAGGCUGAACGGGCACCCCUUCUCUUUUUACUCGAUGACAAUUUCUACUAUCCAAGCAUGAGAUAUGAAGUCUACCAACUUGCAAGAAAGUAUUCACUGGGUUUCUGCCAGGUUUACCUGCAGUGUGAUUUGGAGUCUUGUAUCAGCAGAAACCAGAGCAGGUCUAAACCCAUACCCACUGAGGUAAUGUUGGAGAUGGUGAAGCGUUUGGAGUCUCCAAAUCCACAGAAGAACUCAUGGGAGACAAACAGCAUUUCACUCAACACCACAGACAAUUUGUCCAAAUGUGACAUCCAGAAGGUGAUGGAGUUGAUCUCCUCUGCACUGAGCAACCCGCUGAGCCCGGCUGAGGACAACACAGAACAAAAAGAGGCGGACCGCCUGAAAUGCGCCACUAAUGUGGUUCACCAGACUGACCAGGCCUGUCGACGCCAUAUAUCUGAAGCCAUGAAGACUGCAAGAGAAAAUCAAGUAGCCCCUAAGCACAUGAAGUCUCUGGCUGCUCAGCUGAAUGAAUCCAAGGCAACAUUUCUUCACAGCCUCCGGAGACAGUUGCUCCAGGAAGCGUCUUUUGCUCAAGAAGAGGACAUGGAUGUGGAACGUGUGGUGAAAAGAGCAGUGGACGUUUUUGAUCACGAGAAAAGGGAAAUUCUGUUGAGAAUCAUGAAUGAAAAUAGCUGACUUGAAUAUUCUCUUGAAUUUUAAUAGACAGAUUUAAUUGCAAUCAAAAAAGUCAGAAGUGGGCGCCCGGAUAGCUCAGUUAGUAGAGUUGGCACUCAUAUAUAGAAGUUUACUCCUCAACGUAGAGGAUUCAACUCUGACCUGCGGUGCUUUGCUGCAGGUCAUUCUUCCCUCUCUCUCCCCUUUCAUGUCUUCAUCUGUCCUGUCAAAUAAAGGCCUCAAAAUGCCCAAAGAAAAUAAUCUUUAAAAAGUCACCAGUGAAUACAUGACAUAUUUAAUUAAAUGUAAAUAAAUUGUACUUUUGGUGGUUUGCUGGUGAAACAUGGAAAUGUAUGCAGCCUUUUUAUGAUAUCUUAUAAAUAAAAGCUUAAAUAUAUUUUUAAUCACCAAACCUUACCAACUCAUUUUAAACCUAAGAUGCAGUGAUACACUUGUCAUCUACACGGUAUAUGCCAAUCUGGUGUACGUACACAAAAGAGAUGAGAGUCCAUUUAUCUCAAAUUUUUACUUUCUGUCCAUAAUAAGAUAAUUACAUACAAACAAGUAUUUUCUUAAGACCCGUGAUUCACACAAAUCCAACGGUAUUAAUUUAAAUAAAAAGUAACAUUACAUCUUGAACCACAGGGAUCUACAAUGUAUUAACACCUGCUACUAUACACAUAACAGUGCUACAAUGAAAUUAGAUUUUGCACUAAAAAGUGGUACCACAAAACUACUCAGGACAGAUUAUAUAGAGUUGUUCCAUGGGUAUAAAUUAGU